AUGCAACAGAACCAGCAGCAGCAGCAGCCUGUCCCCGGCGCCGAGGCGCGCCGCAUUGCCAUCCUCGGCGUGGACCGAGCCCGCCAAGGUCCCGGCGCUGUCCUUCCUCCCCGUGCCCCCAUCCCCGGCGCCGAGGCGCGCCGCGCUGCCCUCCGAGACGUGGACGUGGACGUGGACGUGGACAUGGAUCAGGCCCCAGCCCCCGAUCGCAUCCAAGAACUCGAGGACGAGGCUGCCGCCCUCCGUGCCGAGCUUGCCGCCACCCCCGACGCCGCUCUCGUUGCAGGCCUCAAGCAGGAGGCGACUAUCCUCCGUGCUCAGAUCGAGGCUAAGAGCGCAGCCCGCGCAGCCGAGAUUGCCGCCCUCGAAGAGGAGUUGGCGCGUCCCCCCCCCCCGCCCGAACUUGCGAUCAUGACCGCUCGGGCUGCUCAGGCCACCUAUGAGGCCGAACAGGCCAAGCAGGUCGUGCAGGCCGCGCAGGCGAGGGCUGCAGUCGAAGACCAGCGCAUCGCCGACAUGGAGACUGAGCUGGCUAAUGCGCGUCGCGAGCUUGGCCACUACAUGUCGGCACCUCGCCAACCUCGCGAACUCCGCAACGGUGCCCGUGGCGGACCAUACGGUGCCUACGCCAACCCAGGGUAA